ACCAUUAUUACCCCAGUAAGUUAAUUACUUCUAAAUCAUAAUAUAUCUUCAGACUCUAGGAUAAUCUACAAAUGUCUUUUUAUUUGCACUUUAAGCUUUAUUCAACGUAUACUACAAAGCAGUAAUGUUCAAAUAAAAAUUUGGUUCUAAAAUUAAUACAUAAUUAUCGCCAUAUUGUGACGUCAUAAAUCUAGGCUAAAUUUUAUUUCCACACUCUGUAUUUUGUGAUAAUUUUUUUAAAAUAUAUCGUCUUUAAGCAAGUUUACAUUUUUUAAGGGUUUGGAAAUGGUGCUGUUGAAUGUUAACAAGAAGAAAAACCAAAAUAAUUUUUUAAAAUUAAAAUAAUUUUAGUGAAACUGUAGGGACAAAAUGGCAAUAGCAUUAUUAAGUUGGCAACUUGUUAGUAACUUUCCACCAUUAUGUUGGCUUGGUAUUAAAACGACAAGUUUUUGUAUAUUUUGGCAUGUAAAAGUAGUUUUAAAUCGUUUUGAAUCAGUGUUUUUGCAAAUAAAAUUAUAGAACACUAACAAAUGAUUAAAGUGGGAUGUGUAGUGCAUGUGAAUUGCUUUGAAACGCCAAGUGUCCGAUUUGAAGUUUAACCAAACACCAAAAAAGCCGGGAUAUUCAAGAACAAGAACAAAGUUUAUAGGUUUUGUUUAGAACAUUAUUUGGUUUCAAAACAUUACGUUCAUAAUAUGUGUGUUAAACCCUUCAAGCGGAGUUGUACAUGAAGGGAAAAACUAUCAUUAAUGAAAAUACCCAGUUAAAGAAUGAUUAUUCAUUUGUUGUAAAUUUCCUUAGUACACCACUGGUAUCAUGGAGGUAGAUAGUAUAGACAGUACCAUGGAUAAUUCUGCUUCCAUUCCUAAUAAUGCAGUAGCAAAUGAACCUGUUAAUUUAAACGUGGGAGACACUGGGGAAAAUAAAGAUUUUGAUUCUUACCCUGAUAUGGUUAGUAGUAUGGACACAGAAGAAUUAAAACAUUCAGAUGUUACACCUUCUAAUGGAGAAUCUGAAUCAUUAGAUCGGAUACCAUCUGAUUUAGCUCAAGCUAUAGAACCAAUGCAAAACUCUACUACCGAGACUCAUUUGGAGUCAAACUUAAAUAUUAUAGAAAAUCAGAAUAAUGAAAAUCUUGAACGAGAUAAUGAAUUGAUGGAAGCUGAAAGUAUAGAACAGCCAACUCCACCAAGUAAUAAUUUAAUGGAACCAGAUAUGACAAAUCAACCAUUAGAUAGUACGCCAAAUAAUAAUGAGGAUGACAAAACUAAAAAUAAUUGUAUUGAUGUAUCAAUUAAUGUAUCAAAACCUGAUACAUCAAGUCAGCUUUUGGAUGGAGCUAAUUCAGAAAGUAAAGGACAUAAUUCUAUACAAGAGCCAUUAGUUGAAAACACUACAGAGGAAGGUAUGGCUUGUACAAGUAAUGCUAUACUAGAACCAUUAGCUGAAAUCACUACAGGAGAAGAUUUAGAGUGUACAGGAAAUGCUCUAGAAGAACCAUUAGUUAAAAACUCUACAGAGGAUGGUAUAGAUGGUACAAGCAAUGCUAUAAAGACGCCAUUAGCUGAAAACACUACAGAGGAAGGUAUAGAUUGUACAAGUAAUGCUAUACAAGAACCAUUAGCUGAAAACAAUACAAAGGAAGGUAUAGAUUGUAUAAGUAAUGCUAUACAAGAGCCAUUAGCUGAAAACAUUACAGAGGAAGGUAUAGAUUGUACAAGUAAUGCUACACAAGAGCCAUUAGCUGAAAACAUUACUGAGGAAGGUAUAGAUUGUACAAGUAAUGCUAAGCCAUUAGCUGAAGACACUACAAAGGAAGGUGUGGAUUGUACAAAUAAUGUAAAUGAUGGCAAUGGUGGCACUAAAGAGAAUAUAGAAGGAAAUAUACAUCCUAUUGAUGCAGAGAAUACUGAAAAACUACCUUCUACAGAAUUAGUUAAUGAAGAAGCAACGAGUGAGAAAAUUUCUGAUGCAGAAAUUAAUGAAAAAGAGGUGGAUGUAAAAACUGCUGAACAGGAAAUAGAAAAACCUUCAGAAGAGGAGAAAGUAAAUGAUAAUGAUGCAAACAUUUCCAAGCCUGCUUGUAGCGAUAAAGAUGUAUCUGUUGAUCGGGUACCUCAAGCAGAGGAGGUUUUGGAGAAUUGUGAAGAUAAAAGUGUUUCUGCUGAAAGCUCGAAGCAUACUGAACAGGCUACUAAACCCUCUGAACCUUCUGAAAAAGAAACACCAAAAUCUAAUGAUACUAGUUCAAAACUUAAUAACUCUCUAAAUGAGGACCUAAGCGUCUGUGAUCAAAUAGAGUUUGCACAAGUUAAUUUUGAUUCUAACAUACAAGAAACUGAAAAGGUGAUUGAAAAAGGAAUUAGUAAAGGAAAUGAACUUGAUCCUAUUGCUUCAACAUCAGAUGUGCUUGCUACUUUAGAAAGUAGUCAAGGAGCUGAUGAAGAAAUAACCAUUAUUCCAGAUAGUGAGAGAGAAAUUACAGAGGCUGAAAAACAAGCUGCAUCAUCGCUACCAACAUUAAAAGAUAUUUCAGAUAAAAGUAAGCAGCCAGAUGCGACAGAUGAAAAUACGGAAUUUACAGAAAGUGAAUUAAAAAUUUACAAAUAUGAAAAAGAAGAUCUGAAAAAUUGUUGUGAAUGUCAUUUGGAAAAGACAGCAAAGUACCAUUUCUCAAAUCAAGAGCAACAAGUUACAUAUAUUUGUGAUGAUAAAUGCUUAAAUGCUUUUAAAGGGCAUAUUAAUAAAAAAGUUACCAUGGUCACAGAUGAGGGAGGAGGAUUAAGAGUAAAAAAUUUCAUGGAGGGACCGCCUGAAGAACCACUCUCUUUAGCAUUUGUAAGAAAAUGCGCCUCGUGCAGUAGAAUUACAGAUGAUAUUGAGACAAAUUUAACAUGGGAAAUUAUGGAUUUCUGCAACGAAUUAUGUCUCUCAAAAUACCAGAAGAUGAUUGGUUCCAAAUGUGCAAGUUGUGUAGGAGAUGUAAAAUCUACAUCUCUCGGAAAGUAUUGUGUGCGUUUUGGGAAUGACAUCCGCCAGUUUUGUACUAGUUCUUGUUUGGAGCAAUAUAAGAAGGGUCUUAAGGUCUGUUCUUAUUGUCAACAAGACAUGUCUAAUGGACCAGAUGGUUUUUUGGCUCCUGUAGGUGAAAAGGGCCAAUUUAAAGAUUUCUGUUCAAAGAGUUGCAUGGAAAAGUAUGAUAUCAUGACAAAUGACAGACCUCCUAAUGUCCCAUCUGGUACUAUUUGUUCAGUGUGUAAAACAGAAAAAAAUAUUACCAUUGAAUUUGAACACGAGGGCUCUCCAAAUUACUUUUGUGGUGAGCCAUGUUUUGUUGCUUUUGCAUUUGUAAAUAAAACUAGCCCUGGUAAAUGUGCUAUGUGUCGUAGACAUUUUAACAAAUCAAUUUUGGAGAAACAUACUAUGUAUUACGAUAAUGUGCAGUACAGCUUUUGUUCCAAUAGUUGUGAAAAUAUUUACAUAAUAGCACACAGGAAAAUUGUACCAUGUAGUUGGUGUAAAGUGAAGAAAUAUAAUUUUGAUAUGAUUAAAAAAUAUUCAAAGACAGCCCCAGUCAUAAACAUGUGUAGUAUUAACUGUCUUAGUUUAUACCAAGUGUCCCUGAAUGCAGUUAGUGCAAAGCCCACUCAAUGUCAUUACUGUCAGAACUCAGCUCAUCCAGCAUAUCACUUAACAAUGUCAGAUGCAACAAUGAGAAAUUUUUGCUCAUAUGCUUGUGUUAUGAAUUUCCAGAAUCAGUACCCUAAGCAAAUUACUCUUAAUAAUUUAACAGACCCUAUUCCAGCUGGAGUACCUCAAAAGACGAAAAAGAAUUCAGUGACUGUUGAAAAUGUAGUGUCCACAGUAAAUGAAAGUAUUCCUCAGCUUCCAGUAAUAUCAAGUGUUCACAGUUUAGCCAGCACUAAUGGAACAUCGACUCCACCUCUUCUACCUCCAGGAUUAACACCUAUUCCUUCCACUAGAUUAACUCGAUCAAAAACCACAACAGGUUGCACAAUUCAACAACCAGCAGUCCAAACUGUACAAAAUAUUGAGUUGCCUGUCCAGGUACAAAUUAAGCAGCAUUACAUAGUGAAAGAGAAGCCCAGUGUUGAUCAAAGAAACGUAGCUAUCAUGUGUGCUCCUAGGAGAGUUGUUAGAGGAACACAGGCAACGCCAACGAUGGUGGAUGUUGGAAUUCAAACAGAAAAAGAGGAAAUCAAGAAAAUUCUAAUUCCAGUGCCUGUACCUAUUUAUGUACCAUCGCCGUGUCAUAUGUUCGCAGCUCCUGUACCAUUUCCAGUACCAUUUCCACUGCCAAUUCCUAUCCCCAUAUUCAUACCUACCACUAGAAAUAGUGCAGCUGGUAUAAUGAAAGAAAUAAAGAAAAUUCAAGUUAAAAUACCCACUGAUCCAUAUGAAGCUGAAUUACUUAUGAUGGCUGAAAUGGUAGCUGAGGAAAAGAAAGAAGAAAAUACAGAUUCAGAGAGUGAUAUUGAUGAUACAACAGCAGAUGACGGAGGAAACUAUAGCCCAGAACCAGUUGAUGCUACAAAUACUUUUGGCGAUGAUAUGUUACAAAUGGCACUCAAAAUGGCUACAGAAUUAGAUGAGCCAGCUGUCGAUCUUGAAGGAGCCCUAACUGCCAAUACAAUAACAGCUCCUCAGGGUGGUCAUCCAGAUGGUCACCCCACCGAAGAAAGCGUGGACGAUCCCCAACCCAUGCAUCCCCACCAUAAUAUGAUGGAGAGAUCCCCAAUGAGGGGAAGAAAGAGGGGCAUGCGCGGAACCCCACGAGGGGGACAGUCAAAAAGAGGCCGAAGGAUGUCGCAUCAGCAGGUUGACAUGCCCAUGAUGCAGCCUGUUCAAGCGGCAGCACCUCCAGAGCCUCAAGAAAAACCAGACGCCAAUAUGUGUUUGAAGUAUACUUUUGGUGUGAACGCUUGGAAGCAGUGGGUGACGACCAAAAACGCAGAACUCGAAAAGUCUUCGCGCCUAGUCAAACUUUUCAAGACGGAAAUACUUCAGCUAACAUCGGACGAACUGAAUUACUCCCUCUGCCUGUUUGUUAAAGAAGUGCGGAAACCGAACGGCCAGGAAUAUGCCCCUGACACAAUAUAUUAUCUGUGCCUGGGCAUACAGCAGUAUCUGUUCGAGAACGGCAGGAUAGAUAACAUAUUUUGCGACGUUUACUAUGAAAAAUUCACGGAUUGUUUGGACGAAGUGGCUAAGAAAUUCUCGGUUUUGUAUAACGAUUCUCAGUAUAUUGUUACAAGAGUUGAAGAGGAACAUCUUUGGGAGAGCAAACAGUUGGGAGCUCAUUCGCCGCAUGUACUCUUGAGCACUCUUAUGUUCUUCAAUACAAAACAUUUCAAUUUAACGAGCGUGGACGAGCAUAUGCAGCUAUCUUUCUCUCACAUAAUGAAACACUGGAAAAGAAACCCUAACCAGCCAGGUGCAAGCAAAGUUCCAGGUUCUAGGAACGUGUUAUUAAGGUUCUAUCCUCCUCAAUCGGCCAUCCAGAAUAAUCAGAGGAAAAAGAAAGUAUAUGAGCAGCAAGAAAAUGAGGAGAACCCUCUGAGAUGCCCCGUCAAGCUGUACGAGUUUUAUUUGUCAAAAUGUCCUGAGAGCGUAAAAACAAGGAACGAUGUUUUCUAUCUUCAGCCCGAAAGAUCUUGUGUACCGGACAGCCCUGUAUGGUAUUCCACCAUGCCAUUACCAAAAGAAGCGCUCGAGAAAAUGUUACAUCGAGUAAAGAUGGUAAAAGAGAUAAAUGUUGCUCUACUUACUAGUUAAAUACUUCUUAUCUUAACGAUUUCUUUUAUUAAUGUUAAGCCAUCACCCCUGGUUUUGUAUAAAUGUACUAAAAUAGUAGAUAUUUGUUAAGGAACUUUAUCCUUUUUCUUGUAUUUUAAUUAAGAUUAAAUGUACUAGAAUAAAUUGA